GUGAGGUACAGGAGGGGCCAGAGAGAAGCAGAAGAGCAAGGGGACGACGCUGAAGCGCAGGCCCCCAGCAGAGAGCACCAACUGGGGGAAGAGACCGCCGACGAGCCCAGGUGGCUGUUCUCCCUUAUAAUUCACACACACAAAUACACACACACACACACACACACACCACACACGCUCACACUCCGUCCGUCCCCCGUGAGGCAGGAUGGCGGGGGCGUCGGUUAAGGUGGCCGUGAGGGUGCGGCCCUUUAACAACAGAGAGAUCGGCAAGGAGAGCAAGUGCAUCAUUCAGAUGACAGGAAAUACCACUACGAUCCUGAACCCCAAGCAGCCCAAAGAAAAUAAGAGCUUCAACUUCGACUACUCCUACUGGUCCCACACCUCACCAGAGGAUGUGAACUUCGCGUCCCAGUUGCAGGUGUAUAAGGACAUUGGGGAGGAGAUGCUGCUGCAUGCGUUUGAAGGCUACAACGUCUGCAUCUUCGCCUACGGGCAGACUGGAGCAGGGAAGUCCUACACCAUGAUGGGCAAACAGGAGCAGGACCAGGAGGGCAUCAUACCAUUGCUUUGUGAAGACCUCUUCACCAAAAUCAGUGAUGGCAGCAAUGACAACAGCUUGUCUUACUCAGUAGAGGUGAGCUACAUGGAGAUCUACUGUGAGCGUGUGCGGGACCUGCUGAACCCCAAAAACAAGGGCAACCUGCGUGUGCGAGAGCACCCCCUUAUGGGGCCCUAUGUGGAGGACCUGUCCAAACUAGCCGUCACCUCCUACAGCGACAUCCAGGACCUCAUGGACUCCGGAAACAAAGCCCGAACUGUGGCAGCCACCAACAUGAACGAGACGAGCAGUCGCUCUCACGCCGUCUUUAACAUCAUCUUCACUCAGAAACGCCAUGACUCUGAGUCUGAUAACACCUCUGAGAAGGUCAGUAAGAUCAGCCUGGUGGAUCUGGCAGGGAGUGAGAGAGCAGACUCAACUGGAGCUAAAGGCACCAGGCUCAAGGAAGGAGCCAACAUCAACAAGUCCCUUACCACCCUGGGGAAGGUCAUCUCUGCUUUGGCUGAAGUGGACUCUGCACCUAAUAAGAAUAAAAAGAAGAAAAAGGUGGAGAAUUUCAUUCCCUACAGAGACUCAGUUCUCACUUGGCUGCUCAGGGAGAACCUGGGAGGCAACUCCCGCACUGCCAUGGUGGCUGCUCUCAGUCCUGCUGAUAUCAAUUAUGAUGAAACUCUCAGUACACUGAGGUAUGCUGACCGGGCCAAACAGAUCCGCUGUAACGCGGUCAUCAACGAGGACCCCAACAACCGGCUGGUGCGCGAGCUGAAGGAGGAAGUGGCCCGUCUCAAAGAACUGCUCUUCGCCCAGGGCCUGGGAGACAUCAUCGAGCAUCUCAACAAUUACACGAACAGUGUGAUUGGCCUCGAGGCCAUGAAUCAAAGGAAUGAUCUCUCCACAGUGACCAAUGCCAUGACAGGGAUGAGUCCGUCGCCCUCCAUCUCGGCACUGUCCAGUCGCGCCGCGUCCGUCAACAACCUGCACGACCGCCUGAUGUUCAGCCCCGCCAGCGAGGAGACCAUCGAGAGGCUGAAGGAAACAGAGAAGAUCAUCGCUGAGCUGAACGAGACCUGGGAGGAGAAACUCAGGCGCACUGAGGCCAUCCGCAUGGAGAGGGAGGCACUCUUGGCUGAGAUGGGCGUCGCUAUACGAGAAGAUGGAGGCACGGUUGGUGUGUUCUCCCCCAAGAAGACGCCUCACCUGGUGAAUCUGAACGAGGACCCUCUGAUGUCUGAGUGUCUUCUCUACUACAUCAAAGAUGGCAUUACCAAGGUGGGUCGCGACGAUGCUAAGACUCGUCAAGACAUCGUGUUGAGUGGUCACUUCAUCCGUGAGGAGCACUGCAUCUUCACCAGCACCAGCACCCCCACAGGGGACACGCUGGUCGUCCUGGAGACAUGUGAGGGGGCGGAGACCUACGUCAACGGCAAGAGAGUCACAGCCCCCACUACCCUCAGAUCAGGUAACCGCAUCAUCAUGGGAAAGAGUCACGUGUUCCGCUUCAACGACCCGGAGCAGGCGCGGCAGGAGCGCGAGCGCACGCCCUGCGCAGAGACGCCCGUGGAGCCCGUGGACUGGGCCUUCGCUCAGAGGGAGCUGCUGGACAAACAGGGCAUCGACAUGAAGCAGGAGAUGGAGCAGAGACUGCAGGAGCUUGAGGACCAGUACCGCAGAGAGAGAGAGGAGGCCAGCAACCUUCUGGAGCAGCAGCGACUGGACUACGAGAGUAAGCUGGAGGCGCUGCAGAAGCAAGUGGACUCUCACUACUGGCCAGAUGCCACUGAGGAGGAAGAGGAGCCAGAGGAGGAAGUGCCAUGGACCAAAAGAGACCGAGAGUUGGGUCUGUGGGCUUUCCGCAGAUGGAGGUGCUAUCAGUUCACCUCUCUGAGAGACCAGCUGUGGGGCAACGCCAUCUUCCUCAAAGAGGCUAACGCCAUCAGCGUGGAGCUCAAGAAAAAGGUCCAGUUCCAGUUUGUGCUGCUGACGGACACGCUGUACUCCCCUCUGCCCACUGACCUGCUUCCUCCGAGCGCCCCUCACGAGCGCGAGACGCGCCCCUUCCCCCGCACCAUCGUGGCCGUGGAGGUGCAGGACCAGAAAAAUGGAGCCACACACUACUGGACCCUAGAGAAGCUCAGGCAACGCUUGGAGCUAAUGCGUGAGAUGUACGACCGCGCUGCAGAGCUGCCCAGUCCAGCACUGGAGGACUGUGAGGCCGGCCUCAGCGGGGGAGACCCCUUCUACGACAGAUUCCCCUGGUUCCGCCUGGUGGGAAGGGCAUUUGUGUAUCUGAGUAACUUGCUGUACCCCGUGCCCCUGGUGCACCGUGUGGCCAUCGUCAGUGAGAAGGGCGAGGUCAAGGGCUUCCUCAGGGUGGCAGUGCAGGCCAUCUCAGCUGAUGAAGAGGCUCCAGAUUAUGGUUCAGGCGUGCGUCAGUCAGGGACUGCAAAGAUAUCCUUUGAGGAUCAGCAGUUUGAGAAGUUCCAGAUGGAGGCGGGUACAGGGGGCAUGAGUCACUCCAACACCUCUCAAGAGGAACUCCGCUUUGUGGAGGGAGAGGGCGGAGCAUCGGACAGUGGCCUGGCUGACGAGGUCAACAACAACACCUGCACAGUCUCACCUGAGACUCCUAGUAGCCCUCUGAAGUCUGGCUUAGGCUUAGAUCCCCCCCUGGAGGGUGGUCUGGAGAAGGCAAUGCAGCAGCAUCUGAGGCUGGGGUCAGAGUUCACCUUCAGGGUCACAGUCCUGCAGGCCUCAAGUAUUCCAGCAGAGUAUGCAGACAUCUUCUGCCAGUUCAACUUCAUUCAUCGUCAUGAUGAAGCGUUCUCCACAGAACCUCUGAAGAACACAGGCAGGGGACCGCCUCUUGGGUUCUACCAUGUACAGAAUAUCACCGUGGAGGUCACCAAGUCCUUCAUCGAAUACAUGCGGACGCAGCCCAUCGUGUUUGAGGUGUUUGGCCACUACCAGAAGCAGCCCUUCCCUCCCCUCUGUAAAGACCUCAUCAGUCCCUUGCGUCCCAGCAGAAGGCAGUACCCAAGAGUGAUGCCCUUAUCCAAGCCAGUUCCUGCCACAAAGCUAAGCUCAGUGACGCCCCCUACAGCUGGUCCAUGUCACUGCAAAUAUGACCUCAUGGCUUUCUUUGAGAUCUGUGAGCUAGAAGCCAAUGGAGACUAUAUCCCUGCAAUAGUGGACCACAGGGGAGGAAUGCCUUGCCAUGGCACCUACUUGCUGCACCAGGGAAUCCAGAGGAGGAUCACUGUGACAAUUGCACAUGAAACAGGAAGUGACAUCGAAUGGAAGGAAGUUCGGGAACUGGUCAUCGGACGUAUCCGGAACAGCCCCGAGGCCGAUGAGACAAUCAUCGACCCAAAUAUCCUGUCACUCAACAUUCUGAAUGCAGGAUACUUACGGCCAGCUUAUGAGGACCGUGUGUCACUUGGGAUUGACCAUAGGACAUUUUAUCGUUUUGAGGCAGCGUGGGAUAGCUCCAUGCACAACUCCCUGCUCCUGAACCGUGUGACUCCCUAUGGAGAGAAGAUCUACAUCACCCUCUCAGCAUACCUCCAGAUUGAGAACUGCACCCAGCCCACGGUCAUCACUAAAGACCUCUGCAUGGUGUUCUACUCCAGAGACACCAAACUGCCUGCCUCAUGUUCCAUACGGAACCUCUUUAGUACCGGAUCACUCCGGCCCACUGAAGGCAGUCGAGUCACUGGUGUGUAUGAGCUCAGUCUGUGCCACCUGGCCGAUGCUGGAAGUCCAGGCAUGCAGCGGCGGCGCCGGCGUGUGUUGGACACAUCCGUGGCGUACGUGCGAGGCGAGGAGAACCUGGCUGGCUGGAGGCCUCGCAGUGACAGCCUCAUCCUGGACCACCAGUGGGAACUGGAGAAACUCAGCCUGCUGCAGGAGGUGGAGAGGACCCGUCACUACCUGCUCCUCAGGGAGAAGCUGGAGAGUGUGUUGGCCCAGGAGGGGGUGUGUGGAGGACGAGACAUCCUGGACAGCCCCCAGUCGCCUCUCACACCCAACAGCCCACACACACCCAGCUUGGCCCUCCCCAAUGACAGACAGAAGGAGCUCACUGCCAAGUGUCUGCGUCUCCUUAUGCACACCUUCAACCGCCAGUACAGCCAGGUCAGCAGCAGUGCCAGUGAGAGCAAGCUUUCUGCGCUGCUCCUAAGGGACUCCUCCUCUCUGAGCUCUUUGACCCCCUCCUCCACCUGCCCCUCUCUACUGGAUGGUCACUAUGGUAACAGUGACUUCAGGUGUGACUCUGGGGCUUCGAGUCCUGAUCUGGACCCCUUUAGCCCAGAGGAGAGGAAAACCAAACUCACCUUCGUUCCCAACAUCCAGGAAAUUCGUGUCAGUCCCAUCGUGUCUAAGAAGGGCUACCUGCACUUCCUGGAGCCCCAGGCCAGCGGGUGGCAGCGGCGCUUCGUGGUGGUGCGGCGCCCGUACGUCUACCUGUACCGCAACGAGCGCGACAGCGUGGAGAGGGCCGUCAUCAACCUGUCCAACGCACAGGUGGAGUACAGCGAAGACCAGAGGACCAUGCUGAGGACUCCCAACACAUUUGCAGUGUGUACGGAGCACAGGGGGAUACUGGUCCAGGCCACCAGUGACAAGGAGAUGCAUGACUGGCUCUACGCCUUCAACCCCCUAUUGGCUGGGACCAUCAGGUCCAAACUUUCCAGGAGGAAGUCUCUGACCAGCAUGUGAAAGCAAUGCCCCCCUUCCACCCUACCCCACCCCACCCCACCCCACCCCUGCUGGUUUGGGCCUGUCAAGGAAAAAGAAGGAAUAAACCGAAGAGCCAAGAGAACCCUGAGAAUGCUCUACAACCCAGAGAACUCCAUAGAACCCUGAAAAUGCCCAUAGAAACCAGAGAGCUCAGUAGAACACACAGAACAACCCUGUAGACAAAAACAAGAAGAUUAUACCUUAUUAUGUAUAGUACAUAGAUCAAGUAAGAUGUAGCGCACACACACACACACACACACACACACACACACACACACACAUACACACACACACACACACACACACGUAUACAAAAGAAAUGUGCUUGCCUAAAAUAGUGUUUUCUGUCUCUGCUCCAAUGCAUAUCCAGAUUGUGUAUCCAUCUCCCCCUUGUCUCUGGACAUACUGUAGACAUCCAACAGAAGCUAUUGUGCGGUGGCUGUGUGUGUGUGUGUGUGUGUGUGCUUGCAUGUGGUCCUGUUCUAUCGGUUCUUUCCUCUCUCCUGGGUUAUUCUUUCACUCCAUGCCUCCAUAAAUAUGUUUGUUUAUAUGUUGUCUAUAUGUUAUAGUGAAGUAACCGGUUUCUUGUUUGUUUGAAUGAAGGUUUUGUAUUUAUAUUUCUUUCAUCAUUUGAUCACAUAGCACUUUUAAACUUUAAGUUUACUUAUUUACUUUAACCCAAAGCUGUGUGUGUGUGUGUGUGUGUGUGUGUGUGUAUGCAAUCGUCCUGUAGGUUUAAGAGGGACAUAUUUACCGACCCUAUAAAACAGUAUCAGUAUUAGUGUCAGCCUUCUUACUAGCCCUCUAUAUCUCUGAUCAUAAGUCAUAUUGAAACCUAAUGCUGCCCCUCCUGUGCAUGUGGGAUAAACUGUGUCUCUUUACUUAACCUCUCGAAUAACAGGCCCUAAUAAUCCCUUCUCAUCCCUUCAUUUAUGGACAAAAAGUAUUAUAUCAUUUUUUUUUAAGACAAGAUAACAUAAGAAGUCAUUGGACCCUGUGAAAUUCUCCAUGUUGUUUUCCAAAACUUGGUUGGAAUUCAGAGCAGCAAAUCGUGUUGGGGGUGAGAAGUGUAUAUAGUAGGCUGCUGUGGUUGGUGUGUGUGUGUGUGUGAGUGUGUGUGUGUAUGUCUGUGGUGUGUGUGUGGCAGGAUGCUGAUGGUGUUUUUGAAGUGAGGUGUGUGUGUUUAAAGACGUGCCCAGAUUAUUUCAGAGGGUGAGCGGAGAUGCUGAAAGUGAGGGUGCUCAGUUGUUUAGGGAGGAACAGCUAACAGCCUGUUAGGGUUAAUGGGUGCAUUUUGAGAUAGCAGUGUACAGACUGUGGGUGUUUUGGCGAUGUGAAAAGAGUGUGUGUUGAGGGUGUGAGAUGCCGUGUGUGAGAUGCUGUAUUCUAGGGUGUGUGUGAGAUUUGUGAGGGAGUGUUGUGGGCAGUGUAGAGUGUUUUUAUCUCAGAGCGCAUGCUACUGGUCAUCCAGCCAGGUUAGCAUGCGUGCCAAUGCUGAGUGAGAGCCCUGAGCCAGACAGCUCACUGAGAGCGCUCACAAGUCCAUCUGUCAUGUGACUUUACUGCUCACAACACCUCCGACUCAAAACUCACACUGAGCGUGCUCACAGUGUCUCUGGUGAAGUCACAUGAUCAGUGUGCCUCACAUAGCCCUGUUGAGCAUGCCCAGAACCCAUCUCGGACCUCUGGAGAUCUGGUGUUGUAAUUGAUGUUCAGAAUAUGAGAAUGCGCAUGCGAAGACUGAUGGUGUGUGUGUGUGUGUGUGUGAAAGAGAGAGAGAGUGUGUGUGUGUGUGUGUGUGUGUGUGUGUGUGUGUGUGUGUGUGUGUGUGUGUGUGCGUGUGUGCAAGUGCUGUAUAUUAUUGUAUACAUUACCCUUCUUGACCUUUAUAUUCCCUCACGUGGAUGUAACCUUUGAUUCAUGACCCUCGUCGUGACCUCUUGUCCACACCUGUGUUUGCUCUACGAGGUGUGUGUGUGCGUGUGUGUGUGUGUGUACGGAUGAGAGAGUAACAGCCCGCUGUGUGUGUGCCUGCAUGCUGUAGACUCUAACUGGCUCUAUGGAUCCUGUACUGUACUAAAGCCCCAUCCAGCCUGGUAGCAGAGGAGCAGCACCUGAAACGCCCUCUCCUGAGAGACAGCAGCGUGAGGGGCAAGGGGCUAGGAGCUUUUGCACACACACACACACACACACACACACACACACACACACACACACACGUAUUCACACGGACAUACAACAUGCACUCAAAUCUGAAAAUAAACAGACGUGCACACAGUUACAUACGCAAAACGAGAUACACACACACACACACACACACACACACACACACAUACACACACACUGGUUGUGACGUGUAUGCGCAGGCUUCUCCUUAUGAUGGUGCUGCUGCUGUGUGUGUGAGGCUGCGAUGCUGAAGUGAGGAUCACUCCUGUGGAAUCUAACAUGUCCUGAUAUUCACCUGUCAGAUGGAAAAUAAACAUGAACUGUGUACAAAUAG